UUGAAAUAAGAGAAAUUAGAAGUUCUAACAAUCUAAUAUAUUCUGCUCUUGCUAAACAAGAUUUAAAAUACAUUUUGACAGAUUAAAACAGCACUUUUUUUUACAGUGUUAAAGCUUUUCCCCACUGGGCUGCUUUCAGUCUGCAGUGCACACCUUUGUGUCUGCAGAGGGAGGAGUGAACAAACAGUCUGUCACUGAAGUCAGGUGUGUUACCUGAGUCAGACACAGCAGCAGCUUUCCUCCACACAGCUGACAGACUGGAACAGGCUUUAAGUUCAUCCAAACAUUUGCGCAACUUUUUCCUGUUUGUGGGGGAAAAAAGGCGGAUUUAAUCUUGGAAGUUACCAUUUUUUGUGUGUUGGAUUUCUGACCUUCGCCGUCUCAACAGUCAUCCCUGUUGUGUGAAACCCUUUUAUUUUUACCCCCACUGCAGCCAGCCUCAGCCACACAUCAGGGGCAUGAGCGCGGAGGAAAGGGACCGGCUGCGCGCCCUUUUCCACGCGUACGACGCGGAUAACUCCGGGCGCAUCGAGAGGAACGAGUUCCUCACCGUCUGUGCCGAGCUGCGGGUGUCCGAGGCAGAGGCGGACAAGAUCUUUAACCGGCUGGACGUGGACCAGGACGGAACCGUGACCCUGCAGGAGUUCAUCCGCGGCUUCCACGGCCGCCACGAAGAGGACGUGAUGGAGACUACCCGGGGAGACGUGUCCUUCGCCUGGGAGGACUUUGAGAGGAGGCUGGGCGAGCAGGCCAAGUACAUCCCGAGACGGGAACAGGCAGCAACACUGUACCAGAACAUCAGCCUGACUGAGCCCAGACUGAUUCCUCAGUUAGAGAAAGUCAUCAUUAACUUCAGCAAAGAGAUCAAACAGCAGAACUCAGAGACGGAGAACCUGGCGCUCGCCAUCAGACGAGCCCAGGACCAAGCCUCGAUGCAGCUCAGCGAGAUGGAGGAGGAGAUGGACCAACGCAUUCAGGCUGCGGAGAGAAAAACACGGGAGCAGGAGAAGAAACAAACAGAAGCGGCCCUGAGUGAUUUACGAAGAUCCUAUGAGACAGAAGUGUGUGAGCUGCAGUGUAAAAUCCAGAGGAUGCAGAUGAUAGAGGAAAAAUACAGGAACAUCACUGUGAAGGACGAGAGCGCAGCUCUGAAGAAGAAGAUCAAUGAGCUAACUCUGGAAAACCAGAGGUUAAAACAGGAGCUGCUGAAGUCUCAGACCACAGUUGCCUGUCUGCAGAGCGAUAUGGAUGCUUUGAAGACGGAGUUAACGGAUCAAAGCAUUAACUCUGAACGAGAUGAGGAGCUCAUGAAAAAUUURGCUGAUGAACGAGACAUCCUGGAGCAUCAGAUUGAGAUUCUGCAGUCAGCCAACAGGAAGCUCCAUGACAGCAACGAUGGUCUGAGAGCUGCUCUGGAGAAGGUCACAAGGUCUGGUACAGGUGGGUCAUCAGGUGGAGCUGAGAGAAACAGAAGUAAAAGUAUCUGCUACACAUCACCGUAUGCACUGAUGGACAAGCUCAGCCAGCGUUUGGAUGACUACCCUCUGUACAACCGCCGGCUGAGCUGUGACACUCUGGCUUUGGCCAUGUGUGACCCCGGCCUGAGGAGACACAGCAGCGAGUGUGAGGAGGAGGAGGAGGAGGACAGAUUCCCAGAGAUGGACAGCGGCCUGUCCACACUCCGACGCUCGCACGGAGGCUACGACUCAGAGCACGAAGUCAAGACUCAGGACGAGGAAGAGGAGGAGGAGGAGCUGAGGAAGAAGGUCCAUAUUCACGUUCGUGACCUGGAUGAGAGCAUGCUGGAAGAGAGCUCCGACACKGAGAGGUUGUUUGUGUCGCAGGCGGCAGAAACACAAGACGGUGAAUCGGCGAUCGGGUCAGACAGCAGCUCGGUUCUGGACUGGAAGCCGAACGAGUCCGUUACUGUCUUCACGCCCCCUGCUCCAGCGACGAAGAAAGCCCUCAGUGCCAUCACUGCAGAGCGUGAGGACAAGGAAAACGCUGACCUCGGCUACAUGACUUCAGAGAAGGCCUACAGGGUGGUGUUAGCUGGAGAUGCAGCAGUGGGUAAAUCCAGCUUCCUGCUUCGCCUCUGCAAGAACGAGUUCAAGCUGAACUCCAGCACUACUCUGGGUGUUGAUUUCCAGAUGAAGACACUCGUUGUAGACGGAGAGCCAGUUUUGUUACAAUUAUGGGACACUGCAGGACAAGAAAGGUUUCGGAGUAUUGCCAAGUCUUAUUUCCGACGUGCGGACGGCGUGCUGCUCUUGUACGACGUCACCUGUGAGAAAAGCUUCCUGAACAUUAGAGAAUGGGUGGACAUGAUUGAGGAUGUGUCCCGGGAUAAUAUUCCCAUCAUGCUUGUGGGCAAUAAGUGUGAUCUUAGAGAAGAUGGAGUGGAUUGUGUUCCUACCAGCUAUGGAGAAAAACUGGCCAUGACGUACAGCACUCUGUUCUGUGAAACCAGCGCCAAAGACGGAUCCAACAUCCUGGAGGCCGUGCUGCACCUGGCCAGGCUGGUGAAAAAGCAUGCUGCAUUUGAAGACAAAAGACACUAUCAGUCGCUGCCGAAUUUAGACUCUCCCAAAAAUAAACCCAAACUUUCCUGCUGCACCUGAUCAAACUCCACCGAGCGGGAUCUCCCCAUCCGACUUAAUGUGAAGCAGGGACGAGUUGAACGAGGAGCARGGAUGACAGAAAAGCAACGGGAACAAUUAAUCAGUAUGAAUAAACCAAAAAAAAAAGGACUGGAUGACAUGAGCAAACAUAAACAAAACAUACAAAAGAAAUCCUUAAAACAGUACGAAACUUUAUGCUUUGAAGCUGAUGUUUUUACUUGUGUAAUUACACGUUGCUGCACAAGUUCCUGAUUCAUUUUCUAAUAUUCUCCCAGACUGGUAGAAACAAAACUACAGCUGUGAAAGUGAAGUAAAUCACAUCAGAAGAAUUAAAAAGUGAAAUGUUUCAGGGUGUUUCCACAUGAUGGAAUACAGAAUGUUUGCUAUGAUUAUAAUCAGAUAAAAUGAUGCAUUUAAUUAAAAUAUCUGGGAGUUUUGCUUUUUAUAAACACACGUUGGAUAAUAUGAGUUGUUACUGAAUGUUUGGAGCAUCAAGUGCCCAAAAUAAGGACAGACUUAUGAAACUUUUGAAUCCAGGUUUAACAUCACGAUCCACUCUCAUUAUUAUAAAACCACUGCAGUGUUACAGUUUUUCCUUCUGCCUUUUUUUAUUACAGGUUGUAUUUUUGAACAUUUCUUUUCCCCACAAAUGCUUCAAAAACUAUAGAUUCUGUUAACAGUAAGUAAAAUAUUAUAUAUUAUAAUAUGAAUAAAGCAAAGUCCUCGGAUACACAAUGACACUUUUAUUCUGUUUACUUCUAGGAACUGUUUUUCUAAACGUUAUAUUGUUAUGUUAUAAAGCUAGGAUAUAAACCAUUUUGAUGCUGUUUUACUUAUUAAAUGUGCCUCAAAGGCAGUAAAAAUGUAUUUUGCUUCACCUGAAAAGCUUCAAUUCCGAAAAGAUUUCUGAUACAAGGUGGUUUUGCUUCUCUACAUUUCAUAAUCUGAAUUUUAAAAUAAUAAAAGAUAAAAAAAGUAGCAAAUAUAAAUACUAAACUGCUUUAAAAUGUGCUUUAAAUGCUGAUAGUUUUUUUUCCAGUACUGAGUGCCUUUUGUGAACAGUGCAACUGAAGACAGUUGGAAUAACUAUAGAACAAAAUAGUAUUUUCUUAUUAAAACUGUAUGUUGCUGUUUUUAA